AUGAUUAUCGCGACACUCGAUGCGAUCUCCCCUGAUGCGGACCUCGUCGUUGCAGGUGUUGAGAUAUGUUGCAUGGCUCGAAUUCUCGCAGAUAUGUCCGGUGGAUACGAGCCAUGUCGUAGCGACGAUUUGCCAACUAGCGAGCGACCGAUUCCAGACAUGUCAUCGAACGGGCGCACCGCCGACGAUGGAGGCGCUGGUGCAGAUCCACAUGGAAACCACUCACACGGAAUCGGACAUGACUCAAAAAGCACACAUCUGUAUUCCGUGUUAGGCGUGGAUAAGAAAGCAACUGAAGAAGAGAUCAAGAAGGCGUACCGGAAGUUGGCACUCAAAUAUCAUCCGGAUAAGAAUCUAGAUGGUGAUCCAGAGAAAACUGAAAAGUUCAAGGAGAUCAACUAUGCUAACGGGGUGCUCUCGAAUCCCAAUAAACGAAAGGUAUACGACGAGAUGGGGGAUACCGGUCUCAAACUUAUGGAACAGUUCGGAGAAGAUGAAAAGGUUUUGCAGUGGUUGCUAAAACCAUGGUUCAAGUGGGUCUUUUUCGGUUUUGGAUUGCUCACGUGCGGAUUCUUCUGCUGUUGUUGCGGGUGCAUGUGUUGUUGUAAAUGCUGCUGUAAUUUCUGUUGUGGUAAAUAUGUUCCAAAGGAGGAUGAGGACUACGAACCUCCAGAUCUCGAAGAAGCCGAUGUGGCUGAAGCGGAUUCAGCUGCUCGACCACAAGGAGUUGCUGAGGGUACAACAGUGAUCACAUCGCAACCAACGGGUGAAAAGCCAACCCCAAGAUCAUCGCCGCCGCCGUCACUGCGAGGGCCGAAUGGAGAGGCACCAACAAGGCCGGCUAUCAUCGCAAUGCCACCCCCUCCAGGCUAUGGUUCAAUGGAAAGCAGUACAUGA